GGACGGGGUAAGGCAGGGCUAUACGCCUGUAUCACUACACACCUGGCCCUCUUCAACACUACUACUGCUCAGGACCAGAGACAGAGGACUGAGGACAGUUGAGAUGCAUGGCCUGUAAGCAGCCAGCGCCAGUGAUGGCUCAUAGGAAGAGGCCAGGGACCAGCGGCUCCAGCUGCAGCAUGGUGGUGCCCCCCGUCCAGCCCCACUGCCCCGUCGCCUACCCCCCAGAGCAGCACGACCAGGAGCAUGAGGAGGGGCCGGGAGAGGAGGAGGAGGAGGAGGAGGUUCACUACUGCCGCCAGCAGGGCCUGGAGCCAGAGCUGACGGACAGCCGGCCAGCCACACCUACUAUACCUGUGCCGGAACACGAGCAUGAACACAGCCUUGACCACGAUCACCCAGACUGCCACGACCAUGAUGACCACAGUCACAGCGACGACCAUGCAGAGUGCCAUGGCCACGAGCAUGCAGACUGUCACGGUCACGAUCACGGUCACAGUCACGACGACGUAGACUGCCAUAACCACGGCCACGUCCACAGUCACAUCAAUGACCACGACCAUGCAGGCUGUCACGGCCACCGUCAUGAUCACGCUGACAGCCUGGACGGAGACUCCAGCUCUGACUAUGUGAACAACACCUCAGAGGAGGAGGACUAUGAUGAAGGUCUGCCGGAGGAGGACGAGGGCGUCACCUACUACAUCCGCUACUGCCCUGAGGAUGACAGCUACCUGGAGGGCAGCAUGGACUGCAACGAGGCCGAGGCUGACUACACCGCCAGCACCGUGCAGCACGUCCGGGCUGAGCCCCCGGGCGACACAGACGAGUGCCAGGAGGCGGUGGAGGAGUGGGCGGAGGGAGAAGGAGGGGUGGAGGUGGGGGAGGUGCGCUGUGAGGUGGUGGAGCAGGAUCCAGAUGAACAGAUCUACAAUGUCCUGGACCACCACCCCCACCCCGCCGCCGUCCUGCACGAGUCCCCCCCACCCACAGAGGAGGAAGAAGAGGAGGAGGAGGAGAGAGCUGGGGUUGCCUACACUGGGGACUACUAUGGCCCAGAGGAGGACAAUGGGAACUCCGUGGUUCACAUACCGCGGUCUCCAUACCGUGGCCGUAAGGUGAUAGUGGAGGGGGAGACGGGGGAGGAGGCGGAGGAGGACAUUGACCAGAUAGUGGCAGAGAUCAAGAUGAGUAUGAGCAUGGGUAGUCUGAGCAGCGGUGGCACUGACCAGAGCCCUGAUGAGCUGGUGCAAGACAGUGUACCCAGUGAUUACCACCCUCCUGAGGCCCACGCCAAGCCUGAGCCUGCMCCMUACACCCCARCCCCACACCGCCACGACAGCAGACCCAAGUCCCUCAACCUCCCUUCCACACGGCACAACAACCCUGAGCUCCAGAGGGGCUUCAAGGUUCGCUCCCGCACCCCGGAGGAGCGACAGCAGUGGGCUCAAGAACAG